CCAUUCAACAAUUUUACGUAACAUCCGGGAAAAAACAUACAACACAAUCAUGGUAAAAGCUGCGGCAGCUACAAAAGAAAAGGAUCCUGUAAAUUUUGUGCAUCAAAAUGCUAUUUUGUGUGAAACAAUAACUAAAGAACAGCGACAUCAAAAAUUGUACACAAACUACAGUGUAAAUCCGUUUAAAAAAAUUCAUGUGAUCACAGGAAAGCCAAAUUCCAGACAUGACACAGAGGAGGGAGAAGAAGAUGUUCAUUUCAAAAAUGUGAUCAAAAGAGCUAACCAAGAACCAGUGAAAAAGUAUGUCUACCCCCAAACAGAAGCUCAGGAAGUAGGAUGGAUUACUAAGCCUCUGAUUGACUCUGAUAGGUCAGAUCGCAGGCUCAACUUUUACAGACAAAAUACUCCUAUCACUAAAUAUAUGGACGCUGCCUGGAGAGUAAAGGAACAAACAGAGAACAUGAACUAGGGAAAUGUGUUUUAAUUUACAUGUCUUAAUAUUCAUUUAUUGUAAUCAUUGCAAUCAUAUAAAUUGUUACUUUGUGCUUGGAGUGCAUGGCAAAAUAGGACAUUCUGAAAAUUGUGAAUGUGAAGCAGGGGUGCUGAGGCCAUGUCUAAAUAAAGCUGUUAUUUGUUAUAAAUAAUGCGGGUUCUUAUGUAAGAAUGUGCAACACCUAUUUUAUGUACAGUCAUAAUUUUGUGGAAAUAAAAUAACACGAACAUUU